AUGAGCAAACCAAGCACCGACUCCGACAGUUCGGAGGAGUUUUUCGAUGCAGAGGAUUCGACACCUAAUCGAUUGUCAACAUUAAGUCGCAAAUCUAUUAUUGACACGACACAAACUCAAGAGUUCAUAUAUCCUGAUCCAGCAGUUAGAGUGCAAGCCUCUUCAGACAGCGAUGCCACACCCAUUGGCGCAGUUACUCCAGCUACCAGCAGUCCCAGCAGUAGUUUGAGUGCUCGCGGUAACAAGCAAGAAGUUUUCGUUGAACCAAAACCAGUGCAGGCCACUUAUGGUAGACAGCGUUUUGAUGAGUUGCGUCAGUGCAUGCAAAACGACGAAGAUGAUAAUCCGGGAAAUACAUUAACACCUGAUUCUCAGAAUAGUUCAACAGAUGGGGUUUUUGCCAAUCGGCCGACACACCCCUUUAAGGUGGUCGAAAAAGAUGCCAUGAGUGUACAGAGCAUGACAUCGUUGGGGCGAGUUGGUCGAAUUUUGGCCGGGAGCAUUGACCCGUCAUCAAUGAGCAUUGACCGUGAAUAUUUUGCCAAUACAAGCAGUAGCCAGCAACAGCAGCAGCUUCAACAGCAAAUUGCGCAACAACAGCAGCGGUUACAACAACAUCAAUUGGCAAAUAGUGGUUCGUCGUCAACCAUUAAUAGCAUAAAAUCGGCGAGCGUACCGCCUGGCCACACAGAAGCUAGUAGCAGUCGUGCAUCUGCUCCGCCGGGUGCAACUGCUUCGAUGUCUGAAAGUGUAACAUCAACCUUUGAUAAACCGGUGACACUUCAAGAGCCCGAUGUCAUUGCUAGCACUAAAUUGGCCCAUUCUAAAACUACCGAUUCAAUAACGUCAAGUGGCCCCAUAGCUCCACCGAGACGCAAAAAGAAAUCGAAGAAGGGGUCUACGAGUUCAUCGGAACAUUUUAAUAUGAAUGAUGGUAUGCGACUGCAAGCACCAGAUACCGAUACCGACAGUGAUACUCGUUCUGUGAAGAGCGUCCGAGAUGUUCAGCAGCGACUGCGAGAUGAUUUGGUGAAGGAAAUCGAAAAGAGUUGGAAUGAGACAAGUUCCUUGCAGAAUAGUGUGUCCGGAGGAAGUUGCAGUGGAGCUACUGGCGCAAUAUGUGCUGGUACUGGUAGCGGCGGUAGUGGCAGUGGUAUAACUACGUCAGCUACAAUGCCCAUGACGUUAGGUGGUCUUAGUGCCUUAGGCGGUAAUGUUUCCUCGGCCUGUUCGUCCGGUAAUGUGUCCAGCAAUACCGUUGUAUCUGCAUCAGGCACAUCUCUAAGUCAAAUAUCGACAUGUAAUGCACGCCCCGUUACAACAGCAGCCAUAGGUGGUUCUAUAAACCGCAUUUCGCAUUCGUUGGGAAACAGUUCCACAUCAGUUUACUCCAAGCCUAGUCCGUCUAAUUCUGCAAAAAGUAAUUCAGCCCCGGGACGAGUAAGUUCCAUCGAUCCAUCACAAAGUUUAAAUCUCUAUAAAGCUACCCAAGGUGGCUAUGUGGUCAAACCGCGAGAUGAACAAUCCAAUAAGGCUGAAGGUCCAACACAAGAAGAAAUUGAACGUAUUGAACGUAUAUUUAAUGAUAAUACUCCUAGACCCAAAUUGGGUACGGGUUCCAAUAGUUUAGGAAGUGCAACAAGAUACCCUUCCCUGGUAUACCGAUCCAGUGGCGAUAAGGAACGACGAAAAUCUGCUGGCGAUGAAGACGUUCUAAAACAGAUGAAUAUCGAUGUUCGCAUACGAACUAAUUCGGAGACGGGUGUUACAAUACCAUUGUCUGAAGUGAAACCACCACCAGUACCAGAAGGAUGGAAUCCCUUGUCUUUGCAUAUUCUCAAGCUGACAUCACAUUUGGAAGUGACACAAAAGGAAUCGGAUGAUGAGAGUGUCAUUGGCAUACCGCCGAGCAGUGAAGGCCAGCCACAGGAGGAAGAUGAAGGUGAGACCGAAGAUGGUAGUCGUUUGAAAAAGAAAACAGCCAAAAUUAAACGAUUUUUCGGUUCAACUAUGCGUAAAACUGUUGAUAAGGCAAAAUCACUCGCCUCGGAAGUGUCGCAUGCACGACACAAAGAAGACGUGGCUGAUAUUGUGGAUGUAAUGAAUCCGGAGCAGAAUAUUAAAAUUAAAGCAUCGUCAACAAAUAAAGGACCCUAUGAAUUUACAAAAUUACAACAUGUACAGGACUUAUCAGGCGAACAUACUGGCGCUGUUUGGUGUAUGAAAUUCAGUUCGUGUGGACGUUUAUUAGCAACAGCUGGCCAAGAUAAAGUUCUGCGCAUUUGGGUCCUCAAAGAUGCCUAUCCUUUCUUCCAAGAUAUGCGCACUAAAUACAAUGCCGAUCAGAAAUCCUCACCAACACCUUCUCAGGAAUCGUUGGUAUCUCAACAAUCGGCUGAAGAUGCCAUCGCAAUGGCCACUGCUGCCGAGAAAUGUACCGGUCCCUUUAUGCCGAAAUCAUUUUGUACCUAUAAUGGUCAUACGUCCGACCUAUUGGACGUAUCGUGGUCGAAAAAUUAUUUCAUACUCUCCAGUUCGAUGGACAAAACAGUCAGACUGUGGCAUAUAUCACGCAAAGAGUGCCUAUGUUGUUUCCAACAUAUUGAUUUUGUCACAGCGAUUGCAUUUCAUCCGCGCGAUGAUCGUUAUUUCCUCAGCGGCAGUUUGGAUGGUAAAUUACGCCUGUGGAAUAUUCCCGACAAAAAGGUGGCCUUGUGGAACGAAGUCGAUGGACAAACUAAACUCAUCACAGCCGCUAAUUUCUGUCAGAACGGUCAGUUUGCUGUUGUUGGUUCCUAUGAUGGUCGUUGUAUCUUCUACAAUACUGACCAAUUGAAAUAUCACACACAAAUCCAUGUGCGUUCGACGCGUGGUAAGAAUCGCAUUGGCCGCAAAAUAAGUGGCAUCGAACCAAUGCCGGGUGAAGAUAAAAUUCUUGUAACGUCGAACGACAGUCGAGUGCGUCUGUACGAUUUGAGAGAUUUGAAUUUGUCAUGCAAGUACAAGGGCUAUCUGAAUGCCUCCUCGCAAAUAAAGGCCUCGUUCAGUCAUGAUGGUAAAUAUAUUAUAGCCGGUUCGGAAAAUCAAUGCAUCUAUAUAUGGAAAACCAAUCAUGAUUAUUCCAAAUUAAGUUCGGUACGUCGUGACAGAAGUGAUUUCUGGGAAGGUAUUAAAGCCCACAAUGCCACUGUGACUUGUGCAAUAUUUGCUCCACAUCCUGAAGCCAUUAUUAAACCAGAACCUGAUGAAAUUUCCAAUGAAAAGCAAACAAACAACCAGCCAGAUCCCUUGGUCGAACAACAUAAAAAAGGUUGUGGUUAUGUUAUGAUUAGUGCAGAUUUCAAUGGAGCCAUUAAGGUUUUUAUUAAUAAAACCAAACCGAAACACAGCAGUCUACCCUACACGGCCAUAGCAGAUUAA